ACAUCUACCAAAACACACAUAUAUUUUCCCGAGAAAAAUAAAAUAAGCUCAAGAAAAAUGGACCCGUGGUCGUGGAUAUGCGAGCUUCCUGAAUCUUCUGAGUUUGCCGAAUCUGAUUCACCCGCAGUGUUUCAGCUCGCAGGGGACUUGACUCGUUCAAUCCAACUCACGGUUGAACGAGCUUCAGGGUCUGACCAAGAAUCUCUCUCACUCAUUUUCAAAGUGAUAGUAAAGGGUUUCCACCGCCUUAAAUCAUCGACCAUAUGGGUCUCCGACACGUGUCUCUUGUCGUCGGAGAAACCGUUCCUCCCUCUAGUUCUCCAGCUCCUCCGAGAACUAAUCUCCCACUCCCCUACCACACGUGACAGCGCGUGCACAAAGUCUGACCUACUUGAAGUUAAACCGGGUCCGGUUAACUGGGUCAUGGACUCUCACUCGCCGGAAUCCUUCUCAUCAGUCUUUAAUCUAAUCCUCCUCACGCGCCUUUUUCGGCUAUGUGCGUUCGACGCGCCUAGCGAAGUUGGCUCUUUCUUCUUCCAGCACUUACUAGGUCCUCACGUGAACUCGCUUACCUGUCAACACGCACCUGUGCUGAAAAAGUUUCUCGUCUCAGUCGGUGUAGACCCCGAGCUGUGUAUCGUACGCGCCGCUUCUUACGCCUUAUCCAAAUGGAUGAUCUCCAAGGAAGUGGGACUUGAGAAUCUCGGGUUGAAACAGCUCAGAAGCUCAUUGCCACGUCAUCCAUUGGGGUUUUCAUAUGCAACAGAAGCCCAUGGGCUUUGGAUCUUGAAAGGCUAUUACCCUAUCUUGUCGAUGAACGUCACAGGUAAUAAUAGCUCUAACGAGGUUCACAACAAUAUCAUCAAGUUUCCCAUCGUAGAGCCUAAAGAAGCUGUCCUACGUUACGCUUUGUCGCACCAGCAAGUUGAAAUAAUCGUGCAGUACGAUUACUCCGUUAGGUUUCACGAGAACUACAUAAAAGUGAAUGCUCGUGUGGAUAACAUACGCAUCCACGUGUCAAAGCUAGGGCUUCAUAAGGGAGGGGGCAUGGAGAAUCAGAUAGCAGAUUGUUACUCGGAGGAGAAGUACUUCCCGUCGCGGGUUAGGGUCUGGGUCGGGCCAGAAAUCGGGUCAAGCCAUGUGUCCGGACUAAGCCUAGGACGUUCAACGAAAAAUGAGGAGAGAGAGGUGGAGGUGAUGAGGGUUCUAAAAGGAAAUUUCGGGAAAGGGAAAGUGGCUCCGAGAGUGAAGGCAAGAGCAAGAAUGUCUACGAGGAGGAAGAUCAAAGAUUGGAGAAUCGAGCAGGACAGUGAAGGAAACGCUGCGGUUUUUGAUGCUGUGUUGUACGAUAGAGAGAGCGGCCAAGAAGUGACGAACGUGAAGCCGAACCCUGAGGGUUUUAAGAAUGUGUUUACGAAGAGUGGUGGGAUGGUUUUUGGAAGAGAUGAGUAUGGAGAUGAAGUUGGGUGGAGAGUUGGGAGAGAGAUGGAAGGGAGUGUGUUGAAAUGGAGAAUGGGUGGCAAAAUUUGGUUAACUUAUUGGCCAAACAAGUUGAACACUUCGUUCUAUGAGACAAGAUGUGUGGAGUGGUGUGAUGAGGUUGAUUUUCCUUUGCUUCACACGUCAUAGAGACACAAUUAGAGUAGUUGAGGCGGAAAAUAUAGGUAAACUAAAUAGAACUCGAGCACAAGUUGUGUAUUUGUUUUGUAAAUAUUACUUAAACCUUAAAGUAGUUGUAAUGGUAUCCGUAUCUCUAAUAUUUGUAUUCGUAUUAUUAUUUUUAUAUAUAUAAUAUAUAUUCGUAUUAAA